UGGAGCUGCCCGCACGGCUACAGCACGAUUGUACUCGGAAGAUCAGCACCGCCGACAACACCAAUAACAACAACAACCAAAACAACAAUGUCAAAAUCAGCAGGCAACGCCGUCGCCAGCCCAUGCGAGUCUCACUCGAGCCCAAAUACCCGCCCCGCCUGCGACUUGGGAUGACGGGACAGGCGAGGUCUGCCAGCCCGCGGUCCACUUCCUUAGUGCAGCCACGCAACCGUUCCGCGAGACAAGUUCGACCCCUUCCAUCUCCACGAGCGUCGUGAGCAUCUCGUCGCCAUCACCAUCGCCGUUUCCACAAGGUGCGUGCGCACCACGUGCAGGCUGCCCGGCAAGCUUGUGGGCGUCGCCGUCAUGCUGGCUUGGUCCACAGUAAUCCACACUGCAAGUCAUCUUGUUGUCACAUAUGUCGUGCGGAGCCAUGAUGCCUCACGCGAGGGACUCGGGUUACUGGGAUCGGGUGCGGGUGUCGUCUCAAUCAUACCAGUCGGGCGUCAUCACCACAUUCUUUUGGUAAGCCAAGGUGCUGUCCCUGUCGAAUCCUGGUUCGCACUUUCUUCGAACUACUCCGUAGACACCCUGGCAAAACCGUUCGUUUGCGGAAGUUGCCUGUCCUCCUGGAACCUGCAGCAAUGUCUCCCUACGCGAUACGACACUCCCACACGAGCCGCACUCGACUGUGUACCUUCUCGCACGGUACUCUAUAUCGGAGAUGCGGAACACACGCAAGUCAGGGGUCCGUCUCAUGAAGCAUGGCGCAAAAGCGAGCCUUGCUGCCAAGUCGUCAAUGAACAAAAGGUGCUGGAGCUCGGCCUAACGAAGCUGAUUUAUCCAAGUCCUGGAUGCCCCGAUUGGGCAGAAUUGAGGAAGCAAGCCAUGCUCGUCCAAUUGCCGCUACAGCGCCGCCCUUCCAGCACGCACCCUGGGCGCCCAAGGACGCUGUCGUGCAUCAAGGAACGAAUCUGAUCUCUUCCCAAGCGGCAUAGCUGGUUGUCAAGUCCGCUGAUCUGUCUGACGGGUUGUCGACACAACCGGGCCAGACAUGGGUGACCAGCCACACUCCGCCACACGCUCGGCUUUUUCACUCAAGUGGGCCGCCUUUCCUCCAUCUCUUUGUCCCUAUUCUUGCUUUGGUGAGGGCGGUGUGACUGGAACAUGGCGCUCGACAACCAGUUUCUGAUCCGCAAAAAUUGGCAAUUGAUGUGGUUACGGAAUAAGCUCCACAUGCGCAUGCCAAGUUCAGCCAGACUGGCCAUUUCGGGCCUGUGUGCAUCUACCUCGCCAGACUGGGAUCAUCG